UGGCUGUGUCUGUGCGUGCCGGGCUGUGCCGCCGGGUCGCAAAGACAGGCUGGCACGGCUGUGCAGCCAGGGGGGUGCUGGCAUGGCAGGGGCUGUGGGGUGUCGGGCAGUUGGAUGACCCAUGUGCCACCUGAAUGGAGACCCACGGCCCUGCAGCCACCAGCCCUGCCUGUGUCCACACCUGCAGCCCCCUGCACACACCCGUGUGGCCGACCUGGGCAUCGCUGCCACCACCACCACCACCACUGCCACCACCACCACCUCCCCUGGGCCCUGCCCACAGCCCCCAGCCCACGCCAGGCCCUUGCCACCGUGGCCAUCGCUCUUCGCCUGGUGGCUGAGGGUGGGGACGGACCUGGGUGAGCCGCUGUGGUAUUUUGCGGCGAGCCGCAGAUGCCAGCUCCCAGCAAGAGUCCCCACGGCGUCUCCCCCCUUGCCCUGCCGCCCGCCGGCUGCCCCUGGCACGCUCGGCCUGGCCGGGAUGGCCGGUCUCCCUCGCCGCCCUGCCGCUGGCUCCAUUGUUCAGCCCGGCCCCGCCAUCGCCUGCAUCUCGCCCGGGUCCCAUUUUGCGGCGUGUAGGCAGAGCUGUAGAUUUGGAAGAGGGUUUUUUUUUGUUUUUUGUUGUGUUGUUUUUUUUUUUUUUUUGAGUACAGAGUGACAGAUGGCGAGUCCUCCUUCCCCAGAGAGACAAAUCUCCCUGAAUGCAAGCGCAUGUCAAUCAUUAGCUCUCAUGUGAUAGCUCUCGCGCAUGACGUGCCAACCAUAUGGCACUGGCAGCAGAGCUGGUACCCCCUUUGCUGGGUAGAGAUGCCACUCUCGCCUCCUUUUGGAUAGAGGACUGCAGGAGGCUGGAGCACCUCAAGGAGCCGCGUCCCGGUCCCAGAAGAUGCUGGGAACAAUGAAAUAAAAAUUCCUCCGGUCCGCCCGAAGCCACCAUGUUGACGCGACUUUUCAGCGAGCCCAGCCUGGUCCCCGAAGUACCGAAAUUCGCCGGUUGGGCCGAGGAGUGCGAGGAGGAUGCCCGCAGCGAGAAGGAGGAGCGGGCGGGGAAGGGCUGCGCCCUCCCCGAGGAGCCGCCCGAGGGUUCGCUGGGGGAGAGCAAGGAGGAAGGGGAGUUAGGCGGGGACGAGGAGGAGGAGGAGGAGGAGGAGGAAGGCUUGGAGGAGGCGGAGGGCGAACGGCCCAAGAAACGCGGCCCCAAGAAGCGCAAGAUGACCAAGGCGCGGCUGGAGCGCUCCAAGCUGCGGCGGCAGAAGGCGAACGCCCGGGAGCGCAACCGCAUGCACGACCUGAACGCGGCCCUGGACAACCUGCGGAAGGUGGUUCCCUGCUACUCUAAAACCCAAAAGCUCUCGAAAAUCGAGACCCUCCGCUUGGCCAAGAACUACAUCUGGGCUCUCUCCGAGAUCCUGCGCUCGGGCAAACGGCCCGACCUGGUUUCCUACGUGCAGACUCUGUGCAAGGGGCUGUCGCAACCCACCACCAACCUGGUGGCCGGCUGCCUGCAGCUCAAUUCUCGCAAUUUCCUCACGGAGCAGGGUCAGGAAGGCGGCCGUUUCCACGGCCCCAACGCCUCCUUCGCCGUGCACCCCUACCCUUACCCCUGCUCGCGGCUGGCCGCGGCGCAGUGCCCGCCCGCCGCCGGCCCCGGUGCCCACGGGCUGAGGACACACAGCUACUGCGCCUCCGCCUACGAGAGCCUCUACGGGAACGCGUCCCCCGAUUACAACAGCUCGGAGUACGACGGUGGGCUCAGCCCCCCCCUCUGCAUCAACGGCAACUUCUCCCUCAAGCAGGACUCUUCUUCCCCCGACCACGACAAAAGCUAUCACUACUCUAUGCACUACUCGGCGCUGCCCGGUUCCCGGCCCGCCGGCCACAACCUGGUCUUCGGUUCGGCGGGAAUGCGCGGGGGGGUCCAUUCCGAGAACAUCUUCCCCUACGACAUGCACCUCCCGCACGAACGGGGCCCCAUGUACGAGGAGCUCAACGCCUUCUUCCACAACUGAACCCCCCCCACCCCGCCCCACAACCCCACCGAGCGCCCCCCUCCCCGCCCGGCCGCCCCGUCCCCGAGGCGUGGGGGACACGCGAACACCCGCGGACCGGCCCCCGGGGCUCCGCCGUGGGCUUUGGUGCAAUAUGGGGACCCGGCCCCGGCGGCGGGUCCCCGCGCCCCGUGGGGACAAAGUGCUUUUUUGGGAGGAUUUCCCCUUUUCCUUAAGUUAUUAUUAUUAUUAUUACUGAGUAUUUAUUUAGUUAAAUUAUUAUUGUUGAUAUUAUUAUUAGUAUUUCUAUAUUAAUUUAUUUUUUAUUGAUGAUUAUUGUUUCCCCCGAAGCGGGGGGCGCCCAGCGGCGGCAGCGCCCGGCAGAGCCGCCCCCGAAGACCGGCCAGCUGGGUCGAGCCGCGUCGUUUCCUUUUUAAUUCGUUUUAAUUUAAUUUUAUUUAUAUGUAUUUUUUUCCCUUCCAUUGCCCCCCUUUUUGGGCUGUUUCUCCCCUCCACCGCCGUGACCCCCACACUCCCCACACCACCCCCCGGCAUUGGACACCCGCUGCCCCGGCCCGUGGGAGCGAGAGGAACCUGCGCUGCGGCGCGGAGCGAAACUUUCCGAAGCAAUAAAGAGGCGAAGGGAGGAACCCACAUUUCUAUCUAUGCAAGCAGGCCCGGCCCGGCGGACGCUCAGAGAUGCACUUUGCUUUGGGGGGGCCCCGGCCCCGCUCCCGGCCCUGGGAGCUCCUCUCGCAGCGCGUGUGUCAGGACGUUUUUUAUCUGUUUUAAAAAACUUGAAACGGAAAAAAAAAAAAAAAAAAAAGGAAAAAAAAACCCAAAAAUGAGGAAAAAAAAAUGAUUAAGAGUAACCCCCAGUCCCGCGGAGCCGCCCCGGUUCUCCCCAGCUAUGCAAGCGGGGCUCCGGGGGGGCUGGUGGGCCCGGGCCCGGCCCGUGUGUCUUCGUCCCGGUUUGCCGCAUUCCGUCGGUCGGGAGGCGCCGUGAAGCCGAGAUAAUGCGCUUUUCUUUAAUUCCUUUUUAUUCUUUUUUCUUUCUUUUUUUUUUUUUUGUUGUUUUCGGAACCCGCCCGCACCACCUUCGAGAAACCAGCAUUUUUAGAGACCAGGGAGGAGGAGCAGAAUUUCUGAGAGUUGUUUUCAAAACGAAAAAAAAAAUAAAACAAAAAAAAAGUUUUGCAAAAAAAAAAAAAAAGGCAAAAAGUAACCGGGAAAAACAAAAAAAAAAUAGAAAAAAGGAAAAAAAAAAAAGAACAAAAAAAUCACAAACCGUUGUAGCAAAGGGGACCCGCCUGUCCGACACCAGAAGUGCUUUCGUGUUUCUGUUCCGUUUCAUUUCGAUUAAUAAAUAUUUAUGGCCAACGAUAUGCAAGAGCCCCCCCGCGCCGGGAGCCGCUCCCCGCUGUCCCGCUCCCCGCCGCGGACACUGUUUGGCGGAGCGCGGGGCCGGGGGGUCCGGCGAUACUGCAUGCAUCGUCCCGCCCCGCCCGGGGCCCCCCCGGACGCUCGCAGCCCGGUCCCCGCCGGGGCGGCCCCGCCAGGACUCCGUCGGCCGUGACGAGCCGCCGCCGGUGCGAUUCGCGGCGAACCUGUAAUUACCGAGCGUCCUUCGACGGCGAUUAAUAAAUAUUCAAUGUUGA